AUGGAUACCAGGCAUAAACAUACCGAGCGCUCUCUAUCACGGACAGCAGCCAUUCUGGAAGACAUUCUGACCGAUCCAGGACACCAGAUCUCCACCCAGGACCUCCAAGGAACCUCGUCCGAUCUCGAGCACACCCUCCCCGACGCAGACCGCCGCCUCUUCCCUCAGGAGGUCAUUCUGCGCUUCCACGCCUUCUCCCGGCUGCCAACGGAGCUCCGCCUCAUCAUCUGGAAGAUGUGCAUGCCGGUCCGGGGCCGGAAAAUCCGGAUCGGCAGCCCCGCGCGCGCGGGUGCGGUGGAGGUGGCCUCGCCCGUCACGCUCUGGGUCAACCGGGAGAGCCGCGCCGAGACGCAGCGCGACUACCGCCUCCUGUGGGACGGCACCUUGGGCGCCGCGUACUGGAACCCCGGCCGCGACGUCGUCUGCUUCCCCCGCGUCAGCCUCUCGACCAGCGACCGGCUGUUCAGGGCCGGCUACUGCUGCGACAAGGCCAUGCGGGCGACGAUGCAGCAGAUCCAGAUGCUCGAGCUGACGUACGUCCCGGCCGCGUGGGCGCUGUUCUGGGUCACUGAGAAGGUUGCGAGUGUGAGCGGUUUGGGCCCCUCGGCGCUCGAUGGGCGGCGGGGCGGGAAAUUUUGGGAUUGGCUUCCAAUAUCGCCUCAUCAUUUUCCGAGUUUGAGGGUCUUGACUCUGGUUCCGUGGGUUGCUCGUCGCAGGGGAACGGACAAUGAUGAAAAGGUGAUCCGGACUCGGUUCAAGGCGCUGCGUGCAGCCAUGAGUGAAUAUUGGACGGCCAAGGACGAGGAUGGCAAGGUCAGGAACUUUGAGUUGCGAAUCGUGGACAAAGUGAAGAAUUGCCGGCCUAGGAUAGUUUGA